AUGUCAUCAACAGAUUCCUUUUUAUAUCACAUCAAUUCCGAAAAACAAAUUAUUGAAAUUUCAAUUCAAUGGAACAACCGAACAAUACAGAGUAAUCACGCCAUAAAAUUAUGUUACAAUAAUAAUUAUAAGAAGAAUUUACUUGAAAAUGCUAACGUUCUAAUUUGGAAUCUAAGAGCUAAUAAGUACUUUUUUAAAUACCCAGCAACUGAACCUUUGAAGCUUUCUUACACACUUAGUAGUAUGCCAAGUAGUACAGUAGAUAUUGUUGCUCGAUAUAAUACAUCCAGUAUUCAGAUUACUAACAGACAAAUUACUCAAAAAGAUGUUGUAGAUCAAGAGUAUGAUAUUUCUCGUUUACCUAUCGGUGAUCACACAAUUAUUUUGAAAAUUUCCACUUCCGAUGAAUAUUUUGGAAGACCCUUAAGUUUCACAAUUGGACAUUCACCACAAAUUAAUCUGUCUGAUAUAGAACUUACUCCAUUAGAAUAUAGAGAGGGCAAUGGAGGUUACCCUUUAAUGCAGUUUUCAGUUAUCGUAUCAAUUCCAGAAAAGUCAGCAACAGUUACAUUAUACCUUUACUUCAAUAAUUAUGGAGAUUAUUUAGCGUACGUUAAUGCUCAAAUCCAAAAUUAUACAAGAAUUAUCCCAAGUUCUACCCGUUUAGACAAUAGAUAUUUACUAGAUGGCACUAAUUAUAUUAACUUUUAUGCAACAUAUAAUGGUCAUUUUAGCGAGACAAUCAAUACUUCAUUUUUAUACUUUUUUAAUAAACCAAUUCUCAAUAUCACCACUCCUGACAAUCAAACGUUCAAAAAGAAUGAUAAUACAGAAUUUAAUAUGGAAGGAACAAUGAAAUGUGAUUAUGAAUGUCAUAAUGUUAGCAUUUUCUAUCAAUUUGAUGAUUAUGAAGUUAAUACAAUAAUAAAUAAUUUUCCGAUGGAACUAAAUAAAGCUAUUGAAGAUAGUUAUCCUGUCGAAUUCCCAUCAGAUAUGACAGAAGGUAACAAUCAUUCUUUUAGAAUAUGGGUAACAGACUUUAACAACAGAACGUCAAUAGUCACAAAAACUUUUCUUAUUUAUUCGAUAUUCCUAAAAUUGAAGUUUCACAAGCGCCUAAAGAGUCAUACACUGAUUUUGUUGAUGAUAUCAUCAAUGUCACAGGAUUUGUUUCACAUCCUUACCACACUGGCCAACUUUCUGUUUUAUACAUGUUUGAUGAUGAAUUAA